AGACUUAGAGACCUACUUGACAGAGAGCUUCGCAGGCGACGGCCAUGGCGGACGCCACCCACUUCGAGGUAGGCGACGAGGUGGAGGUCACCUCCCCAAUCCACAACAUGCGCGGCACCACAUUCCCGGCGAAAAUCGUCGCCAAGUCCAGAACGAAAUCGAAAUUCAAAGUCGAGUACAACAGAGUGAAGGCCCGGAUCGAUCGCAAGAUCAGCGGCGGCCACAAGGGCGGCAAGGCGGCGCUGAGGGAAGAGGUCGACGCGGCUCUCCUCCGGCCUCCUCCGCCGCGACAGAGCGACUACCGGUUCAAAUUGGGCGACGUGGUGGACGCCUUCUUUUGCGGCGGGUGGUGGGAGGGCGUCGUGGUCAGUGAUGUUUUGGUGGACAACACGCUUGGGGUUUACUUCCGGUUCGCCAAGGAGAAGUUUGAGUUCGAGCCCGAGGAGCUGCGGCUUCACCGAGAGUGGGUAAAGGGGUCCUGGGUCCCACCUCUUCAACAAGGAGAUGUCUUAGAUGCCAAAGAACCAAAGACUGGGAUGAAUGAGGAAUUGAUAGAAGGAACAACGGUUGAGGUUUGCACUGAUGAAGACGGAUUUCAAGGCGCUUGGUUUGCUGCAAAUAUUGUCAAGGUAAUGGAAAAGGACAAGUUUUUCAUUCGAUACAAGACAAUAAAGACAGAUGAUAACAAGGAGUUGUUGACGGAAGAGGUCGAUGCAAAGCACAUAAGGCCUCGUCCUCCAAAAGUGGUUGCGGCUGAAAGUUUCAGUCUGACGGAAGACGUUGAUGCUUUCUAUAAUGAUGGCUGGUGGGAAGGUGUGAUUCGCAAGGUCCUUCCCGGGCGAAGGUACAAAGUUUACUUCAAAGGUACAGAUGAUGAACUGAUGUUUCAGCACUCUGAUUUGAGGCCACGCCAAGAUUGGAUGGAUAGAACAUGGGUUAUGGCUUCUCAGUUAGCCUUGCGGAGUAUCGAUGUCUCAGGAUCUAAGACAUGCUUAAUAUCUCAUUUCUUUCCAAGUUUCAGCUAGGUUUUUAGGCAGUAGUAAUUACUGCUGAUGGAGAUGAACUAAUUUUAUAACUCAUUUCUAUGUAUAUCCUUAUAUCGGCGUGCUAUCAACAAAUUUUUUCAGGCAUUGAAGCAUUGAGUUGUUAUCGUGAAAGCAUUCCAUCGGGAGGUGGUGGACAUUUUUUGUGGGGUUCUUGGCACGCCUGGUAGUAGACUCCAGAGCCUUCGUUGGAUUUGAUUGCAAUUUCUUGUGUAGUUUUUGAAAGAGAGAACACUAACUUACCAGUGCGUUUUGCUGCUGAAUCGUACGGAAUUAUUAGGAGUUUGCAGACAGAUAAUGAUUUGUGAUUCUUGUUUUGGUGGAUAUUAUGAUCUGGGAUUGAACAAUCUGAUUUUGAUGCGAAUGAACAACAAUUCAAGG